CGCAAAAUUUGAUUCUAACAUCAGUAAUAAAAUUAAAUAAUAUAAUUAAUAAUUCGAAGUCAAGCAUUAACAAUGGUUAUUUCAUCAUCAAUUUGCUGUGCUAGUUUGUCAAAGCUUUUCAAUAAUAGUGACUCAAAGAUUAAAGAAAAUUUCAAGUAUUAUCUGCGUCAAUGCCUUGUUUCACUAAUUCCUAUAAUUAGCACCAUAGCAACGGGCAUGACAAUGGGCUACAGCGCAAUAUUGCUUCCACAAUUGCAAUCGAUCAAUGGAUCUAGCGGUGCUGUUGGAUUUAAUGGAAGCUUAACUCGAAACUCGGUUAGCUUGACAAUUACAAGCACAAAUGAGGAAUCAUGGAUAGCCGCUUCGUCUAUUCUCGCAAUGGCACCUGGCUGUUGGGUAUCGAGUAUUCUAAUGGACAAGUUUGGUAGGAAAAUGACCUUCAUACUGAUCAAUCCUAUCUUCACACUUGGCUGGACAAUAGUCGGUGUGACAACUAAACUUAUGCCAUUGAUAUUUGGUCGUUUACUUUGUGGCUUUGGUGCAGGUCUCUUAAGUGCAACGAGUCCUGUUUAUAUAGCUGAAAUAAGUGAUCCUCAUUUAAGAGGUAUUCUUCUUGCAAGUCUGAGUUGUGCAGUCACAUUUGGAAUUUUAGUUACUCACAUUCUUGGUACUUGGCUUCACUGGCAACUGACUGCUCAUCUGUGUAGUAUUAUUUCAAUUUUGUGCUUUGCACUCAGUUACUUUAUGCCAGAAAGCCCGAAUUGGUUACUGCAAAAUGGUAAUCACCAAUCCGCCUUUGAAGUAUGGUACUUCCUUAGAGGUAAUACCUCUUCAGAGGAAUUUGAAAGCAAUUGCCGCAGUAGAAAUGAUAAUAAUAAUAAUAAUAACAAUAAUAAUACUAAUAAUAACAGCAACAAUGCCCGAGGAAAUUCAAUAUCAGCAUGGUAUGACAAGUAUUUGACUAGACUUUUUUUUUCACCCCUGGUCAUUGUCUGCGUCUUUGCUUUCACUAGUCAGUUCUCGGGAAUCAACGUCGUAGCAUUCUACUGUGUGACACUGUUAACGGAAGUUUCUGGACCGGAAAAUGCAUAUCUGGCUACUUUAGUUCUGGAUGUUGCACGAGUAGCAUGCAGUAUUGUCGCAUGCUGGAUGAUAUCUAUGUAUCCUAGGCGUCUACUGACUAGUAUAUCUGGCUUUGGAACAGCAAUGACUCUCUUUGCUUUGUCAGCAUGUUUGUUAGCUGAUUACGGUAAACCUUGGUUGCCUAUUGUGUUACUCUUCAUCUACACUUGUACGGUGACAAUCGGACUAGUACCGUUACCUUGGCUUCUGUGCGGUGAACUUUUUACAGAUACUACAACAAGAGCCUUUGGAUCGGCAUUGAGUAGUAGUUUUGCUUUUUUUUGUUUCUUCGUUGCUGUAAAAACCGGGCCGAUUGUCAUGGAUGUACUUUUAUCACAAGACACGUUUGCCAUUUAUGGCUUGAUCGCUCUCCUAGGUACUGUCAUUCUUUACGUCUGGUUGCCUGAGACUAAAGAUAAAACCCUUGAGGACAUUAAAAGUGUUUUUGUUAAAAAAACCAAUAAUGAGAACUUGACGGAAACUACCAGAUGCUGACUACCAGAUGUUGUGUGUAUGUGUAGUUUUUUUAUUUUUUUUUUUAUAUACUUUUUUUGUUGAGUGGCUGUUUAUGUAGUAGGUGUUGUCAUUUUUAACUUAUAUAGUUUUCGACAGUGAUUCAGUGUUGUCCAGUUACCAGAGAAACCGCUUGUGAUGCUGACAAAUGUGUGUUGUGACAGUACGACACCUAGCCGAAAACUAAUUGCCAGUACCUAGCCCUCUCAUUUUCCUAAAAGGAUCGUUGCUGCUCGCUAGUCGGAACACUUGUUGUCACUAUGAGACUGACGAAAAUUAAUUUUACUCAAUAUUGUGUCUAACUCACACUAUAAUCAUUAUAUGUCAGUUUUAUUUCUCUUACCUUAUAGUUAUUAAUUCAACGGAAAAUGAAAAAUUAUUAAUACUUACUGACAAUUGAAAUUUCGUUGAUAAAAUAAUUUCAGUUCAACUGAUGUGAUGUGAAAAAAUCAUUAAAAUAUUUAGCAACUUCAUGACAUUAACGAUUAUCGUAUUCUAAUUUUAUAAAAUUUAUGUCAAAAAAACGAAUUAUUAUGUCAAGCGUUCUAUUUUAUAAGUAGAUAAAUGUAUUUUAAUAAUUAAUCCUGAUAAGUGUGAAAUAAAAAAAAAUUGACGUGUAUUAAGAUUUUCUUGUUACAUUUGACGUGACUGCUUGAAAUAUUUUACAAUACAGGGCAUAUCUCCAUGAGCCAUUUAUAUAAUAUAAUAUUCAUGUUCACUAUCGACUUUUCGUUCUCAUGUAAUAUAAGUGACAUGAUUCACAAUGAUAAGAAUAAUUUCAAUUUAAUUUCUUUCUCGUAAGACGUGUAGAAAUAUUGCAUAUUAUCAUCAUGGAUGCCGAGUGACAUAAUCAUUUUCAUAGUUCAUAUGAGUAUUUGUAAUUAAAUAGUACCUGAAAAUCUAGUGAUUUAAUAGAACAAAUUUAUUCCAAGGAAUAUCUGAUACUAAAUUUAUAAUACAAGAAUGAUACUAGAUAUUUUUACAAUUUAUUAAAGAUUAAUAAUUUUGAAAACAGAAAAGGAAAAUGGAUGGAAAACUAAAGUUAAAAUUAUUCAUUCCAAAAUUAUCAUGAUUGCAAUUUGAAAACAAAAAAA